AUGGGCUCGACCGGCCAACAGCCCACGAACGGGGCCCCAGACCUUUCACACCUGGGGUAUUCGCCCAUUGUGAAGGUCUCCGAGCCUUGGACCGUCGAGAAGGUGCUUGAAGAAAUCGACGAGAAGCCGAAAGAGGAUUCCAAAUCAGCCCUGCCCUUCUUGCACAUGCUCGGGCGACUCAAGACCACCAAACGCGAAGGCUGGCGUCGGUUUGGCAUUCAAAGGGGCGAGAGCAUUUCCGACCACAUGUACCGCAUGUCGCUCAUCUCCAUGUUCGCGCCCGUCUCACUCCGACCAAAGCUCGAUCUCUACAAGUGCAUGCGCAUGUGCUUGAUACACGACAUGGCUGAACUUCUGGUCGGCGAUAUCACUCCGGUCGAUGGCGUCCCCAAGCUCGAGAAGAACCGUCGUGAGGCCGCGACAAUGGACUAUCUCACCAAGAACCUGCUGCGGGGCGUCCCCGGCGGCCCAGACGUUGGCGACGAGAUUCGGUCGAUAUGGCAGGAAUACGAAGACUCACAGACCCUGGACAGCCACUUUGUGCACGAUGUGGACAAGCUCGAGCUGCUAUUGCAAAUGGUUGAAUAUGAGAAAAAGGGAGAUGGGAAGCUCGAUCUGGGCGAGUUCGCAUACGUUUCGAGGAAGAUGACGUUGCCGGAGAUGAAAGCGUGGGGUGAGGAGAUUAUUAGGGAGCGUGAGGAAUUCUGGGGAGGUGUUAACCACAUACAUGGCGAGAAGGGCGUCGAGGGCGGUGUGCACGAAGAGAGAAGAGCGCAGCAGGAGGACUAUUACCAGAGAUCUUAG